CUCUUCUACCCAAAAUUAAUUAAUUCUUCAAAAAAUAAAAAAAUAAAAUAUCUCCGAUCCUUUUAAAUUUAAAGAUCUUGACGCAUAUCAACACAUUCCUUAUUUCUCUGCGCGUGCCUCUUUUUCCCACAAUUCCCUCUCUUGAUUGAUUGAAUUCCUAAUUCCAAAUUCCAAAUUCCAAGCAUGGAGCAGAAAGACGGCGAUAAUCCGGUGGGAGAAGACGAGGCGGGUGGAUCGGAGAAGGGGAGAUCAAUUCCGGUGAUCAAGAUCAGAAUCCCAAAGAAGGCGGCGGCGGCGGCGGAGGAGGAUCAGGAAGAAGAGGCGAGGAGCCAUUACUGCAAGGAAUGCAACAAGAGCUUCAACUCCGGCAAGGCGCUGGGCGGCCACAUGAGCAGCGCCCACGUCCAAGCUAACAACUUGAAGAAGCAGAUGAGCGCCUCCAAUUCCAAGAGGAAAUCGCCGUCGUCUUCCUCCUCCGCCACCGCCGCCGCCUGUGGGAUCUGCGCUAGGGUUUUCCAGUCGAGGAAAUCGCUCUUCGGCCACAUGCGGUGCCACCCGGACCGCCUGUGGCGCGGGAUGGAGCCGCCGCCGGAGAUGAAGAUCAACUCCUCCGAGGACGACGAGGACGACAUUCUCAACGACCACGAAUUAGGGUUUUUCAAUCUCAAGGGGUGGCCCACCUCCAAGAGGGGCCGCGCCCCGGUCUCCUCCUCCAGCUCCGCCUCGACGCCGCUGGUGGCGGGGUUCCAGCUGAUGAAGAUGCUCAAGGACGACGACGGCGACGCCAAGAAGCCGGCGGCGGCGGCGGCGGAGGAGGAGAAGGAGCUGUACAUGACGGCGAUCGAGGUUCUGAUGAGCGCGAAGAGAGAGCAGAGAUCAUCGGUGAAUUCGAAUUCGAAUUCGGAUUCGGAGAAGUACAAGUGCAGCGUAUGCGGUAGGGUUUUCUCGACGCAUCAGGCGCUGGGGGGGCACCGAUCCAGCCACAACAAGUUCAAGAUGACGAUCUUCAACACCAAUGCCUUCGAUUCCGAGGCCUCCACCUCCACCGCCAACAAUGCCGCCGCUGCUAAUGGCGGUGGCGCCUUUCCGUUUGAUCUCAACGUGGCGCCCGCCGACGACGAUGACGACGACGAUGAGAAUGAGGAUAUGGUGGACUCCUCUCACUCAUAGCUACUGUUUCUGGGUUUUUCUUCAUGUUAGAAUUAUAUUAAACCCAUGCUUAUGAUAAAUAUUUCUAGUCUGUGUUUAAUAUUCUGCUGUUGUGUUUGAUCUUCUAUCAUAAAAUA